AUGCUUAAAUUGGCGGGUCCCACACAACAAUUACCUUUGCAUAUCUGUCCAACAAGUAAGAUGUAUCCGAACUCCAGCGCGGCAUAUAAUGCGCCACAGAACCUAGCGCUCUCGUCCUCCUCUGCGCUGUCCACCGAGCGCCAUCUUGGUGACCAGCGCCAGCACCAACUGCCGCAGCCGCAGCAGGCGCAACAACCGCAACAACCGCAACAACCGCAGCAGGCGCAACAACAGUAUCCUGUUCUCAGCUACCCGCCGGGCGCAACCGCGCGCUCCCAGUUCGCAACGCCGCCGCAGGUAGCACCGGCUGCGCUCCAGCCACCAGCGCAAUACUUCCAGUAUUCUCCCGCAUAUGCAGUUGGCCCAAAUCAACAAAGCCCUCAAUUUCCACAUGUGUCCAUACCUGCACAGCCCUAUGUUUAUGAAAGAUCCAUUCCGCAGUAUUAUUCGCAGCUCCCAGUUGCGCCAGCGUCACCGUACGGGUAUCAAGCGCAGGCGGCCGCAGCGCAACUACCGGCGGAGGUCACUUUGCGCGCGCCGCCCCCCGCACCAGCGCCAGCGCGGCCUUCAGCGCAACAGCUGCAACCCGCAUACUCGAUGAUACAGAUGCGUGCGCAGUCGCAGUACGGGAUGGCGCCAUCGCCGCCACCGCAAGCGGCCUCAAUGCCUGCGUUUCCCGUAAUGCGGAUGGCGUCAGUGCCAACGAUGCGCGGUCUGCAGGCCCAGGCGCAAAUACAAGCGCAGGCCCAGGCGCAAGCGCAGGCAGAGUUGCGCGCGCAGAGGAGACCCUCUUAUGAGCAUCCCUUUGUUGGCUCUUCCUAUAUUUUAUAUAGCAGCAAGCCGCUACCGGUGAGCGGCGCAAGGCCUGGUGCAGACGCAAUAAUAGAAACUUCGGGCCGGCGCAGCUCCAGCGCAUGGCCGCCAGAGGACGAUAGACUGCUUAGAAAACUCAAAGAGGAAAAAAAACUGGGAUGGAGAGAAAUCGCCUCAUAUUUCCCAAAUAGGACUUUGAAUGCAUGCCAAUUCCGCUGGAGGAGACUUGUUAUCGGAGUUUCCGGCAAAAAGGAUAAAAACCAAGGUGUGAUUGAGGAGGUCACUGUUGGUAACGAAAAUGAUGAUGUCAAGAUUAAGAGUGAGAAAAGAAGAGAAACUAUGCUGAGCGAGAUUAAGGAGGGGGAGGAUGAAGAUAUUAAGGAUGGAGAAAAUGAAAGUAUAAUUAAGAGAGAGGAGGAGAACGUGAAAGUUGAGGAUGGAGAAGACAUGAAAGUUAAGAAGGAGGAUACACUUAAUGAUGGGAAGUCUAGAGACAUAAAAGUUAAGAAUGAGGAUAUGCUCAAUGAUGGGAAGGAGAAAGACAUGAAAGAUAAGAAGGAGGAUAUACUCAAUGAUAAGAAUGAAAAAGAAAUUAAAGAUACGAACGAGGAUACACUGAAUGAGGAGAAGGGGAAAGACACAGUCAAAGAUGAAAAAUCCAAUGAUGAGAAAAUCCAGAAUAAGAGUAAAACUCAGAACGAGGAUCAAAACAGAGAAAAAGUCAAGAGUGUGGAUAAUGAAACUGCAGAGGAAAUUUUGGAUCGUGACAUUCAUAAGAUGGACAAUACAAAUGAAAAUAUCAUAGAGCGGAAAUCGGAACCAAGCAUGCAAAAAGAAAGUAAUGCUAAAAGCAGGGAUUCAUCAAAGAAAUCUCGCUUACUACACUCAGACGAUCAUUCAUCCCCAAAGCAAAGCGGAAUAAGCCAUAAGAGAAAGCUAAGCUUGAACAAGGAGAAUGACUCUUUUGAAAAAUACCAACCACAACCCAAGAGGAUUUGUACAUCACCAAGCAGAUCGAAUAUCUCAAAAUUAUUGAACUAA